GUCAUGUGAUGUGUGCUUUGCUGCCUGCUGGUUCAGCUGUUUGUAUUACUGUGCAAAGUUGGAGGAAAAUGGAGUGAUGUGGGCAGCAGAGAGAGGAUUGAACAAGAAAUAAGGAGAAACGAGCUCUUGGUGCAUUUUCCCAGGACAGUGACAAAGAUGGCGGCAUUGCUGAAGCAGUAUCGCGAGAGAAUACGCACUGAGCUGGACAGAGUUGUGGAUUUCUGGCUGAAAUACUCCCAUGAUGAGGAAUAUGGUGGGUUUUUUACCUGCAUUGGAAAAGAUGGAAAGAUCUAUGAUGAGCUCAAGUAUGUGUGGUUACAGGGCAGACAGGUGUGGAUGUACUGCAGGCUGUAUCGCACCAUGCCGAGGUUUCACCAGCCAGAAAUUCUUCAAGCUGCCAAAUCAGGUGGUGAGUUUCUGCAGAAAUAUGCUCGAGUGCAGGCUUCAGACGGUCCGGGAAAGUGUGCGUUCUGUCUGACGAGGGACGGUCGAGCGGUGAAGGUUCAGAGGACCAUCUUUAGCGAGUGUUUCUACGUCAUGGCCAUGGAUGAACUUUCCAGGGUCACGGGAGACAAAGAGAUGCAGUCCGAUGCUGAGAGAAUGAUGGAUCAGUUGGUGCACUGGGUCCGGGUCGACUCGUCAGGUCUGGGUCGUCCUCAGCUCCCUGGCGAUAGUCCUAUUAACAGCAUGGCGGUUCCCAUGAUGCUCCUGUGCCUGGUGGAUCAGCUGACAGAGGGUAGGGCAGAGCUUGCAGAGAAAUACAGAGAUCUUGGUGAUUGGUGUGUGUCUCAGAUCCUGCAGCAUGUACAGAGAGAUGGAAAGGUCAUUCUUGAAAAUGUGUCACUGGAGGGAAAGGAGCUGCCUGGCUGUCAGGGACGUUUGCAGAACCCAGGUCAUGCCUUGGAGGCUGGCUGGUUUCUUCUGCAGUAUGCAAAUGCACGAGAUGAUGCAGAGCUGCAGAAUGUUGCUGUGCAGAAGUUCAUGGAGGUUCCCUUCCUCACUGGCUGGGACAAAGAACAUGGAGGACUUUUCUACUUCCUCGACGCUGAUGGUCACUGUCCCACCCAGCUGGAGUGGAAAAUGAAGCUCUGGUGGCCUCACUGUGAAGCUCUCAUCUCUUAUCUAAUGGCCUACGAUCACCUGAGAGAUCCUGCAAUGCUGGAGAGAUUCAAGCAAGUUUACGACUACACCUUCACCCAUUUUCCUGAUGGAGAACACGGUGAGUGGUUCGGGUAUUUGAGUCAACAGGGGAACGUGGUGCUGGAUUUUAAAGGAGGGCCAUUCAAAGGGUUCUUCCAUGUCCCUCGAUGUCUCUACAUGUGUGAGAAGAUGCUGGAUCAUCUGCUCACAACACUCGAGUCUUAAAUGUAACCAGAAACUGAUGGAUGACAUUUUUAUGCACUUUUUUCUUUCCCCAACCACUAGAAUGUUUCUAUAUACAACAGCAUAUAUACAUGUUCACACUCCAUUAUUAGUCCUGAACCCACCUGAUCUGUUUACUGUAAGUACUAUAUUUUACAGAGUUGUUGAUCGUAUAAAUGCACAUAUAGAAAUGAUAAAGGGAGCAGCUUUUUUGUUCGUUUGAAAAGUAAGUCGCAGGGAUGCUGAAUCCAUAAAGCCAGUUUGAGUACACAGUGCAGGAUUUAGAAAUAUCUUGGUCUCCAUGUAGCAUGUAAGUUUCCUAUACAUGGCCAUAACCUUAAAUAGACGUGUUCUGCACACUACAGCGCUCUAUAAAGCAGAGCAAGUGGGUCAUGAGCAUCUCAGGGCUUCACAUGAGCACUAUCUGACUUUUUAUUAAUGGUGUUAUUAUUUAGUCCAAAAUAUCACUUCAUCUUUGUUCAAAUAAAUAAUCAAAUUAUUCUCAGCACUUCAGUUGGCCAGUAUAUGCUUUUCUUACCGUGUAUUGCCUUAAUGAUAAACACACUUUUUUGGAAAAUUUCACGCCUAUAAAUAUCUGCUUAAGAUGCCAACAUACAUGAGUGCUAACCGUUUCCUUUUAACGCUCAACCUACUGAGGAGUAGUUCAAGGCUAUAAAUAAGCCGUGCCGUUGCUAAUCACACCAGAGAGACUAAAAUGGAAAAGAUCUUCAGAGACUAAAUAGAAACAUCUCUGAAGAUCUUUUCCAUUUGUUAGAUGAGAAGUCUUCUCGUAUGAUCAACUGUAUUCAGCUAAAUAACUUAAAAAAAAAAAAUAAAAAUUUAAUUCUGUAAGAGGCCAGUUUUUUUAUUAUACUUUCAUUAGCUAUAAUACAGUGUAUUUUUCAAGAACGUGCAUGUUGUGUCUGCAACCUUGAUUACUCAUAUGAUCUGUAAGUCUACUGGUGUUUGGAGGAAAAGAAAAAAAAUAACUAUAUGCUGUCCUACAUUGUGUCGUUUAAAUGUGCAUUAAAUGUGUCACUUUAUA